UGAUUUCGAUAUUCAAGAUGUGGAUGCUGUUACUCCUGCUACUAGGAGGAUGGAGUGUCAUUGCUUCAAGAGAAGUGGAUCAAGAUGACUCCUCAAGAAGAAUUUUAGGAUCUAGUGUGGUGACCUCCGUAUCCGUCAUUAUGGACUCAGAAAAUGGAACUGGAGCAACAUUCUCAGAUGCAGUUGGCAAGCCUGUGGCCAAACCACCAAUAUCCAAGCUUGCCAGUCCGAUAGAGCUCUUGAAUCCAGACAGAUAUGAAUUUUACACUUUCGAUGAAAGCGGGGACCUCGUCAAAAGACUGAUGACCUUACAAGAAAUAAAGGCUAUAAUAGCCACCAGCGGGGAUGACGUCUUCGAUAUAGAUAACUUAGACAUCAUGCCAGAAAAACGAGUGAAUGAUAUUGUCAGCAACGUACAAAAUGUGCUCAGAGAAGAGAUGGAGUCACACAAAUUACCUGAUACGAAUCAGCUAUUUGAUACUCCAGAUGUUUCAGACUCCUGGAGCUUGAUCCUUCCAGCUAUCUUCGGUAACUCUGGCAACGAUGAUAUGAAACCAGAGAGGAUUGCAACAGGUAGUACACCAGAAACAAUAGUUCUUCAACCAACGCAAACUGAACCUAUCACGAAGAAAAUGUCUACAACAACCACAACACCGAGAGUGUCGACAUUCAAAGACAACUUCUUUUCGAGCAUUGAAACCAGAAGUUCAGUAACUACUGCUCGACCAACUACAAAAACAAGUUUGAGAACUACCCAACAAACUAGGGCAUCUACAACAAGAACUCCUAUUUCUAGGACAACUAGAACUCCUACGACUAGGACAUCUACAACUACGACUCCUACGACUAGGAUACCUACAACUAGAACACAUACAACAAGAAGUCCACAAGUCAAUGUAGAGACCAUGAAAAACAAUGUCCUUUCAAGUCAAGAAACAAGCACAAUAAAAGUACAAAUAUUCCCGAACUCUAAUACCAACCAAGUAGAUGAACCUUACAAUAAAUACUCAACAAGCUCUACAACUCCAAGAGAUGAGCAUGAGAAUAUCCAAACUUCCAAACCAGAAUUACCGUUGGAAUCAAGGAUAAGUAGUUUGGUAUUGGAACAAACUUCACCAACAGCAAUCUUGGUACCUGAAGACACAGCAACUCUCACAUCUUUACAAACAAAGGAAACAACUCUGGCUGGCAAUACUGUAGCUUCCGAUAAUUUAAGAUCAUCUACGAAUCCAACAGUCAUUUCCGACAGAACGACAGUUAGAGGCUUCGAACGUCCAGAGACUAAAGCAAGCACUGUAGCUUUAGAAAAUACCUCCCAGCUUCAAUCUCUUUCAACUGAAAAUAUUCUGGAGAAAACUACAACAGAACAAUCAACAAAACAAACUGAAAAGAUAUAUAUCCUAGUACGACCAAUAGCUUCUUCCAGUAUUUCACCUGAAACGAUCAUUUCAUCUACGGAAAAAGUCGAUAUAAGUGAUAAUAAAGUUUUAACUACAACAAAGGAGGCUAAUUCUGAAAGUCCUUCUUCCACAACUCAAGCUAUAUUUACUGUUUCUCAUCAAAAACCAACUAUAAUUUCUGUUAGUUCUAAACCACAAACCACGAACCAACCAGAAACAGUCCAAACAUCAGCUAAAACUCAAUCAACAACCACUAAAUACACCACCAAAAAAGAGGACUUUGAUGAAAUAUCUUCUUCGGGAUUAUCUUCUUCACAAAUUACAGAAUUUAUUUCUUAUUUCACUUCAGAACUGCCUAGCACAGUGAAACAAAAUUUAACAUUACCUACCCUUGCAGAAAUACUCAAUAAUAAGGCUGGUAUAGUUCCACAAAUUUCUACUUCAACGUAUCCUCCCUUUUCGACUUCUCAAUCUGUAAUAUCAGAUACUUCAUCACAAAGGAUAUCAACUGCUUCUGAUAUACAAAAUCUUGGUACAUCUUCCAGUGACGAGCCAUCAUUUGAUGAUGUAUCAACAACGUAUUCUACUAGAUAUGAAUCAACUUUUUCCAAAACAGAACCGAAUUUCUCAGAAGGAGCAACAACAGAAGAGUUUCAGACUGAAGUUGUCAACAAUGACUUAGUUAUGAAUAAAGAUAUACUGCAACAGCUGCUUUUAUCCUCCACUAAUGUUUAUGAAAUCAAUUCAGCGAUCAACGAAGCAGUCACAGACUCUUUUGAUUCCACACCAAUCCAAGAUUAUUCAAUGCCUACACAAAAGAACGAACCUAUCGAAGGCAACCAGACUUUACUUGAAAGUUUCAGCCACUUGCUAGCUCAAGCUGUGAACAACGUUAAUGGUGUUAUUUUGCAGGAAAACAUUACAGUACCUGAAAUUAGCACCUUUGCUGGAAACUCCGAUAUGCAAACCACUUCUGACUUAUUCACCAAUUCUUUUGAUUCUACAACUGACAGCAUAAGAGAAACUGAUUCAACAACGUUGAUUUCAAAGAAUAUAGAAGAGCCUAACGAAGAAAACAGGCCAAUAGAAAAUCUAACAUCAAUUUCUACUUCAACAGCUACUCAAAACUUGGAUUAUGUGAAGGUUAAUCCAAGUUUUGCAACACCUUUUAGUAGACGUAAUGCUUCUAAGCCAGCGAAGGCUGAUUUGAGCUUGGAGAUGGAUUAUGAUAACCUCAACUUCAAUCAUUCAGAAAUGCAUAAGCUUGCAGAUAAAUUCGAUGAUUCGUCAGCUUUCCUUUCUCAAAGUUCUUCAUCGCCUACCUCAGGAGAUAUUCUCAAAAUAUCGACAGAACCAAAUAUCUCUACUUAUCCCGAUGAUGAAGAGAAGAGUACCACUCAAGAUGAUAUCUUCACAUCGACCAAAUACAUUGAAACAACGGCAUAUGAAGGAACGGAAACUACUGAAUCAACAGAACAAGAUGAAAACGUUAGAACAACAUUGUCGUCCUCAACUAGUAGAACUAAAAUCGAGAAUACUUCAGGCCCAUUAUCUUCUCCAUCUGCAGAUGAGGAAAAGGAUUCUUGGACACUAGUUUCAACGAUUGCGCCACAUAGUAAGCCAUCAUCUAUUGAACCAAGGCCCACUUUAGCUCCUUUCCUAGAACCAACGCCUACAGUAGAUUUAUCAGUACAACCAAUGCAAGGCUUUGGAUUAGAAGAAAGUACAGCUAAUUUAGAAUAUGACGUUUACCAGUUCAUCCAACUCUGCAAUGAACUCGCAUUUGGAUUUUGGAAAUCCGUCACAACUGGUAUCAGUACAGCUAGAAGUGUCAUAGUUUCUCCUUUCGCUGCUACAUCGCUCUUGGCCAUGGUGUUUUUGGGGGCUCGAGGAGCGACCUCUGGAGAGAUGAAUGAGAUACUGAAAUUGGACAACAUGGUCACCUUCAAUCCACACUUGAUUUUCAAAACUAUUACAGAGUCUAUCGCCACUGGGUCAAAUACUGGUGUUGCUACUUCUGCUAUAGUUAGACAAUUGUACAGUGACAAGAGUAGGGAAAGUAUUCAAAAUUUCUACAAGGAGAGAGCUAGGUUCUUUUACGAUGGUCAUGUAGAAGAAGUGAGUUUCAAGGAUAUUGGAGAUACGAUAAGAAGGCGCACGAACUUGUUGGUGAAGAAACAGACGAAUGGAAAAUUGCAAGAAUUUUUGAAAGAUGGAUCGGUCAGGGUGAGGUCUCCUUUAGCUGCAGUCAGUGCAAGCGUAAUGCAGACUGAUUGCUCCAAAGGAUCCAUAUCGGACAGGGAUGGCGAGCUUCAUUUCGUAGUGUUUCCUUCUCUGAAACAAAGAAGAUUAAUUCCAAUACCUGCCGUAGUUUACCGAAAGGGUUUCUUGGCUGGUUACGAGCCUAGUUUGGACGCUACAGCAGUUGCUCUAGGAGAAAAGGAUGACACCAUCAGCUUCAUAUUCGUCCUUCCAGGAAAACAAGGAAUAAACGCGCAUGGUGACGGUUUGGCACGUUUGGAAAAACGCUUGGUGGAAAGUUCUUUCCAGAAAGGUGCUUGGUCAAGGUUGCUGAGGUCUCUGGUGCCUAGACCAGGACUAGAGGUGCAAAUCCCAAGGUUCUCCCAUCGUUCCAUCAUCAAUGCAACAUCGGCAUUGAAGCAGAUGGGAUUGAAAUCACUCUUUGAUUUGCAUAAAGCAGAUUUGAGAGGUUUGAAUGGCGUGGCUCACGACCUCUACCUAUCUGAUAUGCUCCAAUUCAACUACUUCUCCGUUUGCGGUAGUACCAGCACUGCUAACACGCAUCAUUCUGAGUAUUAUCCUGCCACUUCGAGAAGGUCGUUGAGGAAACAUCGAAGACUGGAUCACUUCGAACAGCAGAAGAUACUUCACGAUGAUCCAUUGUUCAUCAUUGACUACUUGUCCUUGCCUUUGAAUUUGAGACCAAGACAAGCCAGAGUCCCACAAGUUCCUAGACUUAGGUUAGAUAGACCGUUCCUCUAUUUCGUUAGACAUAAUCCUACUGGUUUGAUUUUGCACAUGGGAAGAUUCAAUCCUAGAUUACUGCCAUAAAUCGAUCGCAAUUGUAUAUAACUCAACUCGAAAUUAUACGUGUUGAAAUGGUUAUGUAGGACCUUAUUGAAAAACUGAUCAUCACUGCGAUAUCUUAGGUUAUAAUGGAUGAAAAUUUCUGAUAAACUGAAUCUAUAUUAUCAUUUAUUUAAAUCAAUGUUUGUUGCUUCAUCUCGCAAUGAUGAUCAUUUUCCUUGUUGAAAUUGUAGUUUAUACCUACUGUUUUCGCAAAAUGACAUUUGAAAAUGUGUAAAAGAAAAUGAUUUGUCUGGCUGCUUCUACACCAUUUCACAUGAAAACUCGAAUGUAAAUAGUUUCUCAUUGAAAUUUCUUUUUAGACUUGUGAUAUUUUAUCGAUUAUUCGUUCCAUAUAAUCUUUAAUCAUCGAUCGAAAAAAUGUCAUGAAUGGUAUUUUAUUUAUUUAUACUUGUCCUUUAGAGAUCAUCUCUUGCUUCUUGUAUAUCUCAGAAUAUGUUAGAAAUAUAGAUUUCCUAUUAAC